ACAUGUGGUUCUGAGAACCCAUUUCGCUUAUACUGUAAUAUAUACUGUACACUACAUACUCUCCCCCCACAUCGCUACAGAUAUUUCCAACUUUCCCAAAGUCUUCGUCUAUGCCAAAGCUCCACCUUUUGCUGAUAUAGUGAAGACCUAUUCGAGUAGAGGAAGUAGAGGAAGAAGAGAACCCCCCAUUUCCAUGAAAAUUUCCAGAUUAGAAGCUCGCUAUCUUGAUUCUUGCCAGAAGCAUGAGGUGCUACCCAACUCUGCAGUGCUAUCCUUGUUUUCUAAGGGCAAUAUCCAAAACUCACUCCAUGAGAAGUGUACUGUAGUGGUUUCAUUAGACCAGCUAAAGGAUGCUGAUAUCUCCCCACUGAUCGAUGUAUUUAUGGCAAGCGACUGUUCUGACAUUGAUGCAGUUGACAUACUUCAUGAAUCACAUUGUGUCUUGAGUAAAGAAAAUAUUACAGCUUUGUUGCGUGUGAUCAAUCUAAAGCUCCGUAUCGUCGAUCUCCUGGAUAUGUCAUUGAAGAAGGACGUGGUGUGGGAUGUUUGCGAUGAUGGCUUGGCUUGUGAAGUCUUGAAUUUGAGGUCUCUCCACAUCCAAAAACUCAACAUGGUUGGAAUAUAUAUGCAGUUACACACCCUUAAUCUGGAUUUUUGUACUUCACUCACCGGCUUACAGAAGGACUGUUUUUCUUGCAUGCCAAAUCUGAUGCGACUCUCAAUGUGUGAGACAAGAGUUGCUAAUCUCUGGACAACUACUGCUGCACUAUUAAAACUCCCUUCUUUGGUGGAAUUACGGUUCCAAAAUUGUUUAUGUUGCAAGGACACUGGAGCAUGUCCUGCAUCAUCUGGUGAGAAAACUAAUUUUCGUUUUUGUGAGAGAACUGGUUCAGCUCAGUUGAAUAUGAGUUAUAACAGAGAGACACCAUCUACUGAUAAAGGAGAUGCUACAUAUGUUUUUAGGACAAAAGAAGCAGUCAGGAACUUGCUUGCUCUUGAUGAUUCAGAAAUAACUUGUGAGACCCAGAGCGGACCUGAUAAUUUUUCAGAGAAUAGGGAAGUAAAACUUUCAAGUUACCUAAAAGAAAUGUGUUUGUUGGAACUAUCAUCUACUAUUCCUGAUUUGAAUGGACAGACCAAAAUGCAAAAUAAGAUUCAAGACAAAGAUGAAUUUACUCUGAGAUUUCAUAAGCAGCUCUUGACAAAUGGCACCAUGUCAUUAACCAUGUAUAAUUCUCAUAAUCCUUCACCCAUAUGCUUUGAGAAACAUUAUAGGGACUACAUGAUUGCUUCAUUGCCUCGUUUAGAAGUUUUAGACAAUAUCCCUAUCAGAAAGAUUGACAGGGAAACGGCCAAGUCAAUCUCUUCAAAAUACUAUGAAUACUUACCUUAUACACGAAAGCUCAAGGAAAGUGUUGUUCAUGUUUUGGAUAAGCGUGAAAUGGGAACAAGUGGUAUUUACUUUCAAAAACCUUUCAAGCCAAAACAGCUAUUUCCUUAUAGAAAUGGUCAACAUUUUUUCUCAAGAUCCCUUAGUGCUGCCAAACUUGGGUCUUCUGCUUGGCCACUCCUACAGCCGGUGUUUAACUUUAGCCACACAUUUAAAGAAGAAAGCAAGAGGCUUCGUCCGAGGCAGUUUGAGUAUCAUCCAUCAAACUCUAGUCUUAUGGCUUUUGGAACUCUGGAUGGUGAAGUAGUUGUUAUCAACCAUGAAAGCGGAAAGACUGUAAGCUAUAUCCCAUCCAUAGGAGCAAUGAACAGCGUUUUGGGGCUGUCUUGGCUCAAGAAGCAUCCAUCCAAGCUUCUUGCCGGUUCUGAUAAUGGUUCGUUGAGGUUGUUUGACAUCAAUCAUAUGCCACCAAAAGUUGCAGAUCUCUGUUGCUAUUCUGCUACCGUAACCUUUGAUGCUUUUGAGCAAUUGACUUCUCUUCAUGUCAAUUCAACGGAUGAUCAGUUUCUUGCUAGUGGAUACUCAAAAGAUGUUGCUCUAUAUGACAUCAGCAGUGGAAAACGUUUGCAACUAUUUACUAAUAUGCACCAAGAACCGAUCAAUGUUGUUAAGUUUGCACACCAUUCCCCUUUUCUAUUUGCUACUUCAUCAUUUGACAAGGAUGUCAAGAUGUGGGAUUUGAGACAGAACCCAGUGCGGCCUUGCUAUACAGCUUCAAGCUCAAGGGGAAACGUGAUGGUUUGCUUUUCUCCUGAUGACCUCUAUUUGCUUGUUUCAGCUGUUGACAAUGAGGUUAAACAACUUCUGGCAGCAGACGGGAGGCUUUACCUAAAUUUUGAGAUAGCUUCAACAGGAAGUGCUCAUAAUUAUACACGUUCCUAUUACUUGAAUGGAAGGGACUAUAUUAUCAGUGGGAGCUGUGAUGAACAUGUUGUUCGCAUCUGCUGUGCUCAAACUGGAAGACGACUUAGGGAUGUCUGUUUGGAGGAUAAGGAAUCAGGAAAUUCUCUGUUUGUACAAUCCUUAAGGGGCGAUCCUUAUAGGGAAUUUCACAUGAGUAUCUUAGCAGCCCCUGUGCGUCCAAGCUCAAAGUGGGAGAUUAUCAAGGUCAAUUUGCUUGCUUCCAGUUGCGAUGCUGAAGAAUAUUCUUAUGGCCAACGUUGCAGUCCUUUCUACGGUCUAGGAGGAUGAUGUAUAUAUCUUUGUCAUGUGCCAUUCAAACCAUAAUUCACGUUUAUAUGCCUAUAUGUACGAGGAGCCAUGUUGUUGUAGCCAUGCUUCCUUAUGUACUGCUGCAUGUCCUUGUUAAUCUGCCAGAACGCCUAAUAGCCUAAUUCACAUGUUGUAAAUCUCAUAACUUUUUGGUUAAUUAUAAGUUCCACACUUGUAAAUAAAUACUGAUUUAAUCGGAUGGUUCCCCUUCAAGCUUUAUGCAGAGACCAUACCGGACUCAAAAUGAGUCCAUAUAUUGUUUAUUGUAGGGUCUAAAUAGAGUUUGUCUUCUGAGAAAGCAAAUUCGCCAUUUCCUUA